CUGAAAAUGUGUUUGAUCGAGUUAACUGCUGUAACAUUUAAAAUUAAUAGGCAAUAUAUUUUUGCCAAUGUGUACUUUUGGAUUGUUAGUCAUGAAGAGUUUUUAUGCUGAUAAAUGUGACCAGAUAUUUAACAAUAUAUUAAAAACAAUGGAUUUUGUAUGAGACUUGUUGCAGAGUUUUGAAAUUAUGGUUUAAGUUUGAAAGGCAUGUUGAAUUCUAAGUAUCACAAAUUUAAACUGUGCGAACACGUGUUAAAACUUUAAAAACAGAUUUGACAAAAUACAGAAAUAAUAAAGAAGUUAAAGAGUGGACAAAAUACAGAAAAUAUUAUAAUGCCACAGAAAAACCAGGGUAAAAAGAUUUGAAAACAAAAUACAAAAAGACUAUAAACAAAAGUUACAGUACAAUUAGAGGAAGAAGAUGAUCUUUAGUGUUAUGCUAGGCAGUCCAAACAUGUUCUCAUUUUACGUAAUCAUUCAUGGAGAGCUAGUUGUUUGUUUUGAAUGAUUAAAAUCUUAAACCACGGACGACGCAGCAAGACGGAAUGUCCUUGCAAAUUUAAACAUCACUAAUAAGAAUGGCAGAGACAAGAGGCCAACGAUUUGGGCAAAGACGGAAGUCAGACUCGUGCUUUGCACAAACGCGUCCCCCACUAGACUCCCGCCGGAGGGACUCUGAGCAGCCUGCAUACAGACGGUCAAGAUCAUUUGAACCUCUCAGGGAAAUCACUAAUAAGCCGUCGCUGCAUACUUCCACAUCCUAUGGUGACUUUGAAGGGAACACCAGCACCACUUCCGGAAGUUCUUUCAUGCGCGGUGACCGCACCACGCACUCGGCGCCACCUACCGAGCUGGACCGGAAGAAGAAAACACGAGGCCGGGAUGACGAAACGAGAACCUCGUCGGGUUAUAAUUCAUACAGUGAACUUUCAGAAUUUGCUAGAUCAAGUGAAAAGAGGAAAAGUGCUUCUCUUAAAUCCAAUAGAUAUUCAUCAUCAAAUGACGCCGAUCAUGAUGAUAGAUAUACACGUUUCCCAAAUAAACACAAAUCCAUGGACACUCUUGAAAACAAACACAAUAGGUCCUCCGCGAAACAUAAACAUACAGAGUCAAGGAUGAGUAUUUGUAGCAGUGAACCUUCGCAAAAUUCUAGUAAAGAGCGAUCUUUAAAAAGAAACACAGACAAAAACAGUAAUUCGGACAAUUAUUUUUCGGACGGCAAAUCAGUGCCUACGAUCGGAAACGUAGCUGUGACAGUGACAAACAAUGUAAACUACGAUCCAAAUGAUCCAUUUUCCUUUAUACAGCCAGUAGAUGUUCCAUUUCUCUUGAAGUUAAGGAAAUGCGCUGGGCCUAUCAGCGCGGUGUUGUUGCUCCUUAUACUGGCUGCUGCACUUGGUGCAGCUAUUUAUUUUGCCUCCGCUCUUAAAGAAAAGCAAGAGAAACAAAUUGAUCUCCUUGGUGCCAAUUUAGCAAUGAAGAUAAAACAUAUCGAAAACAUAGAAAAUAUCGAGGACCUGUCAAAGUCACAGUUGACUGACUUGAGUCAUGGCUACUGCAAGCAGAUGGACCGAAUCUACAUUGAAAGUGCUUUCAAAGAAACCUACAGGGGAUGUGAAGUGAUAUCAAUCAAAAAUAGCUAUAUAAACUUUACCCUGUUCUUCGUCGAGAAGGACGCAACCUCGUCACAGAUCAUGGGUGUUAUAGAGAAAUCUGCUGACAAGAAGACGGAAGAGUCAAUAGAGCUAGCAGUUGUGGACAAAUUUGAACUGGAACUAGGUAGUCUAGAAAUACAUAUGGAGAGACGUAUGGAGCCAGAAACGUUUGAUAAGAAAAUACUUCAAAUCACCACAACCACCACUCCGAAACCUACAACUGAAAAGCCUUCCACCCCUUCACACCCUGCGGAAACGCCUUCACCAACUGCUAAGGCUAAUCCUGCAGCAGUUCCCGUCGGGACUACACCUCAAAACACGAGGAAGAUCAAACCACAACCUGCAGAUCUACGGGUGUAUUCAUGGGAUCCCUGUGCGGAAUACGUCGGCGAGUACUUCCCCCAUCCAGUGGAGUGUAACCAGUACUUUCAGUGCUCCAACGGGCAAUCCAUCAAACAUACGUGCUCAAAGGACCUUCUUUACCACUGGAGAGAUCUCACAUGUGUGACAAGGUUUACGUCGGGAGUGGAGUGUCCAGAGCGAGGAAGGGCGCCUCCCAAACCCAUACCAACAACGACAACAACAACAACCACGACGACAACAACAACAACAAUGAAAAAACCGACAACAACAAUCGCUGAAGAUGAUUUUUUUAAGGAACGCCCGACAGGCGAUCCGACCAUGGGAGAUGCAGAAACAACAACUGAAAAGCCUAUUAUUCUCUCAGAGAUCGCCGCCAAAUUUCCUGAGCGCCCGCAAUACUCCUCUACUCCUUGCAAGGGCACAGUUGACGCGAAUCUUUAUCCACAUCCGCACGAUUGUGCCAUGUUUAUACAGUGUGUAAACGGUGAUGCCAAGGUCAUGAAAUGUUAUUCCGGGCUGGUGUUUGAUCCUUCUAUCAACACAUGUAUACCACGGGAGUCCCUUGUAUGCCCAGACAUAAAGCCCUGUGCAGAGAAAGAUAGCGGAUAUUUCCCCCAUCCGGUCAACUGUAGAAAAUUUAUUCAGUGUCAACAAAAGAAGGAGACAGUGAUGGAAUGCCAUGGGGAUCUCGUAUGGAGUAUAGCCGUGAAUUCAUGUGUUCAUAAAACGUCUGGGAUUAAAUGUUAUAAUAUUAAUGAAGGUGAAAAAUAAGCAAUGAAAUGUGGCAGUACAGGCGUGAACUCGUGAGUUUACAUUAAAAAGGGUUUACAUGCACCUUAAUAUUAAUGUUUGGUUGGAUAUUGUAGUACAGGCGUGAAUUUGAGUUUUUACGUUAAAAAUGGAUUACAUACACAUUAAUAUUAAUGUUUGGUUGGAUAUUGUAGUACAGGCAUGAACUCGUGAGUUUACGUUAACAAUGGAUUACAUGCAUCUUAAUAUUAAUGUUUGGUUGGAUAUUGUUAUACAGGCGUGAAUUUAUGAGUUUACGAUAAAAAGGGAUUACAUGCACCUUAAUAUUAAUGUUUGGUUGGAUAUUGUAGUACAGGCGUGAAUUUGUGUGUUUACGUUAUAGUAUGGGUUACCUGCGGUUGGAUAUAGUACUACAGGCGUGAAUCUGUGUUGUCACGUGAUAAUGGGGAUUUCAUGCCAUUUUAUAUUAAUGUUUGGUUUUAUAUUAAUGUGCAUACGUGUUUUGUGUGUUUACUUUAUUGUAGGGGUGACCUGCUUUUGGAUAUAGAAGACAGUACUGUUUUCAUUUUAUGUUAUUGUUUAUCUGUCCGUGAAUAAUGUAGUACAGGCGUGAUUUUGUGUGCUCACGUUAUAAUAGGGAUUACCUUCCCUUGAAUAAAUAUGUUGGUUGUAUAUUUUAAUACAGCUAUGAAUUUAAGUAUUCACGCUAUUGUAGGGGUUACGUCCCCUUAUCAACUAGUUGUCACCGUGUUCCAUGGAAAUAUUAUUCAAGUAUGUUUGUCUAGUUAAAGUGAUGUGUAAUUUAUUUAAAAGUUAGUAAUUGUGUUAAAAUAUGAUUAUGUGCUCAUGUAUUUAUAUAUAUAGUUAGCUUGCCUGUCCACUGUUCGGACUGUUGUUUCAAUGUAUAUUUAGCAUUAUUUAUUAUGUGUUCUUAAAAAGAAUACAUAAGUACACAUGUUUGUGUAUAAUUGCAUUUUUCUGCAACACCUUAUUAUUAUGUCUGUUGACAAUGUGAUUGUAUUUCAAUAUGUUAUCCGUUAAACGACUUUGUCUCGCUUAUAUAUAGCAGUGUACAGUACAAAUCACAUGAAUAUAUGUUAUUGAAUAAAUGGAACAAU